AUGCCCCCCAAGACGGCGGACGAAGAGCUCGCCGAACUGGAGAAGCUGGCCGAGGCACCCGCACCCCCGCCUAACAAGCAUGCCAGAGGGACUCGUGCGCCUCGCCAGAAGUUUGAGGUCGAGGACGAUGCGCUCAAAGACCUCGAUGAGCUCGAGCAAUUGGGCAAGGCGCCACAGUCUGCCGUGCCUCGCCAGAUCAGCCGCCCCAACACCCCCAAAGUAGCGUCGUCAUCCGCCUCCAGCAACCGCCGGGCACCAGGCGUCGCGACACCCUCAUCCACCGGCUCAGCACGCACAAGCGAAGACAACAGGCCGUCAGCACCAAGGAAGUCCGGCGAGAGCACCCGCUCCUACCACCAGAGCUUUGUGCCGACCAAAGAGGAACCUGCCAAAGCACAAGCGUCCGAGCCAAAAGAGGAACGCUCGUCUGGAGGAGGGUCAUGGUGGGGAGGCGGAUGGGGAGGGCUUGUGUCGACUGCCACUGCAGCAGCAGAGACGGCGCGGAAGCAAGCCGAGGCGGCCUACCAAGAGAUCCAGAAGAACCAAGAGGCCCAGCGAUGGGCGGAGCAAGUGCGAGGGAACGUCGGCGCCCUUCGUGGCAUUGGCGGCGAGCUUGGCAAGCGUGCCGUACCCACCUUCACAAACCUCUUAAACACACUCGCACCGCCAAUCUCUCAGCAUGAACGGCUACAGAUUCACAUUACACACGACCUCAUCGGCUACCCCUCCCUCGACCCCUUCAUCUACCAAACCUUCUCUGGGGUCAUGUCACAAGUAGAAGGCGGCGACCUCAUGGUUGUCCAGCGCGGCUCCGAGUCAACGCAGCGAGGUUCAUUAGAGGGAUACCGGGGUGGCGGUGGAAGCUGGAAUGACGGUCCAUGGUGGCGCCACACAGAGAAGCGCGACUUGAGUGUAGUCAAAGGGCUCGUUGAAGGCACCAAGCUUGCCCGAGUGAGCGCUGAAUCCUAUGCCAACGAGUUUUUCAACGCCAGAGGAGGCAUAGAAGCAGCCGCAAAGCAAGCGACGGAAGUUCUGAGUGAGACCAACCCUGUGAGGAGCAGCGACAUAUUUAUUGCAAUCCAGGCCAUCAGUUACCCACAGCAAGAGGGUCUGUUUGCAGCCUCAUCCGCAGGUCAGAAGGAGAAAGCAGAAGAGGAAGAUGACGAUGACGAUUCAGAUGACUCGGAUGAUGAUUCAGACGAGGACGAGGACGAAGAGCAGGUGGCAUUCGCAAUCUACUUAUAUGACCCCAUACACAGCAUUAGCUUCAAGGGCCUUUCACAAUCGAUUCCCGCCAAGUGGGUAGAGUGGCUGGACGCGCCCGCCAAUACCGAGGCCGAGGGCGAGGAAGGCCAAGUACCGCAAGAAAUCGCAGAAAUCAUUGAGAGUGGAGGAGUCGAUCCACGGGAGUGGGUUAGUGAGUGGAUGGAAGAGACCAUCAACCUCAGUGUGGGCAUUGUGGCGCAGCGCUAUGUUGCACGCCGAAUGGGGGUUGGUGAAGGCGGUCUUGGUAGAGGAAUGAAGAGAGAGGCGGUUGUGGACGCUGGAGGAGGUGAAGCUGCACGAGCUGGAAUCAUUUGA